AUGUACCACCUGUGCGGAUCAACGCUUGCGUAUUUCGAUGCACCUGCACGUCUCGAGGAUUGGAACUGGGAGGAGGGUUAUGUCUGCGAGAAGUACCCAAAAGGCGUGGACGGGAAACACCUCACCGAGGCUGGCAUUGCUCUUGCAGGAGCCGUGCAUCAGUCUCUCAGGACUGGCGGCGAUCUGCUCCCAGAAGGAUUGCACAGGUUUGCAGAAGAACAGGAUCCAGAACCAGGCAAAGACUGA